AUGGCUUUAAAAAGCAUAAAUAUAAAUGGUAAUUUUGACUGGUGUCCUUUUGAAGAAUAUAAAAAUUACUUAAUAUGUUUUAAUUCUCAUAAUUUGUUAUAUUCUAAUAAUAAUAAUAUAAAUAAUAAUAUAUAUUUAUUAGAUAUCAAUUUGAACAAUGACUCUAGAAAUAUAGAAAUAGUAAAUAAAUUAAAUUUUGAGGAAGCAUUAAAAAUUGAAAAUGAUGGAAACAAUAAUGGUAGUAGUGAGUAUGUUACCUGUUUUGAAUGGAUAAAUAGUAACAAUUUUUUAGAAACAGAACAUGAAGAAGAAUUAAGUAAAGGGAUUAUAGUAGGGGGACUUACAAAUGGAGACAUUGUUUUGUUGAAUCCUCAAAUUUUAUUUGAAAAAAAAAAUAAUGAUUAUGAAAAUUUUAUCUUAAAUAAAGUAAAUGUUCAUGAAAAUUCUAUAAACUGCUUAGAAUUUAAUAGACAUAAAAAUUAUCUAAUUGCAACUGGAGGAAGUGAUGGGCAGUUAUUUAUAACUGAUAUUGAAAAUAUAUAUUCUCCCACAUCAUAUGAUCCAUAUUUAGAAAAAAAUAAUUUACAAAAAAUCAAUUGCUUAAAUUGGAAUAGAAAAGUAUCCCAUAUUUUAGCUACAUCAUCAAAUAAUGGUAAUACAGUUAUAUGGGAUUUAAAAAUAAAAAAAUCAGCAGUUAGUUUUAGAGAUCCCCAUAAUAGAACCAAAACUUCUUCUUUAUGCUGGCUAGCUAAUCAACCAACUCAAAUUUUAGUUUCAUACGAUGAUGAUAGAAAUCCUUGCUUACAAUUAUGGGAUUUGCGGAAUUCAAGUUACCCAAUUAAAGAAAUAAUUGGGCACUCUAAAGGUAUUAAUAAUAUUUGUUUUAGUAAUAUUGAUACAAAUUUGUUAUUAUCAUCAGGUAAGGACAUUACAAAAUGUUGGUAUUUAAAUAAUAAUAAUUUUGAUAUUUUCAAUGAAAUUAACAAUUCUACUAAUAAUAUAUAUUCUAAAUGGUCUCCUUUUAUUCCUGAUAUUUUUGCAUCUUCUACUAAUAUGGAUACUAUACAAAUAAAUUCAAUAAAUAAUGGCAAUAAAAUGACAACUAAAUAUAUUCCUAAUUUUUAUAGAAAAGAAUCUGGUAUAUGCUUUGGGUUUGGAGGAAAGAUAUGUUGUUUUAAUAAUAAUUCUAUUUCAUCUUCCUCUGGAUCUUUUCCUAAUUCUAGUAUCCAAAAUAUACAAAAAAAUAUUCCUAAUAAUGAGGACAAUGAAAUAAACAGAAUGAAAAAUAAAAAAUUUGAAAAUAAAUUUUUAAUUAAAUGUCAUAUUUAUCCAACAGAAAUGGAGUUAAUAUCUGAAGCAGACAACUUUGAGAAAUAUAUCACUAAUGGAAAUUACAUAGAAUUCUGUGAAAGUAAAAUAAUGAAAAGUGAUGAUGAUCAUGAGAAAUUAACAUGGAAAAUUUUACAAUUACUAUGCACUUCUCAAAAAUCAGAAAUAGUUAAAGAAUUAGGAUAUGAUAUAAAUAAUAUUAUUAAAAAAAUUAUGUAUGAUAUAGGAAAACAACCAGGUUUUAUAUUUAAAAAUAUUAUAGAUAAAGAUAUUAAUAAUAAUGACAUAUCUAAUAAUUUGAAUGAAGAUAAUGAUAGAGAUUACAAUAAUAGUACAAGUAGAUCAAAUUUAAUGAACGAUAAUCAUCUUUCUCCUUCCCACUUGAGUGAUAAUAAUCAAAAAAUGAAUGGAUCCUUCGAUGUAGAUCCUGAAAAAUUCUUUAGAGAAUUAGGAGAAAAAACAGAAAAUGAAAAAUCGAAAGAAAAGUUAAGUAUUCAAAACAAUUCAGAAAAUGAGGAUGAUUAUAACAGUAAUUCAAGAGAUGAUCAUUUAGAUAAUAAAAGAACAUCUAGUGAAUGGAAUUCAGGAAUUGAAUCUAUUAUAAAAGAGUGUGUAUUAGUAGGUAAUAUAGAAACAGCUGUAGAACUAUGUUUGCACAAAAAUAGGAUGGCAGAUGCAUUAUUAUUAGCUUCUUUUGGCGGAGAUCAAUUAUGGCAUAAAACUAAAACUAUUUAUAUUAAUAAACAAAAUGAUAAUUUUUUAAGAAAUAUUAAUUAUAUUUUAGAUAACAAAUUAGAUCUUUUAGUUAAUAAUAUUGAUUUAUCAUCUUGGGGAGAAGCUUUAUCUAUUUUAUGCACAUAUGCUAUAAAUAAUCCCAACUUUAAUAACUUAUGUGAAACAUUAGCUAAAAGAUUGCAAAAUGAAAAAUUCGAUAUUCGAGCUGCAUCUAUUUGCUAUUUAUGUGCAUGUAAUUUUUCAGAAACUGUAGAAAUAUGGAAUAACAUGCCUUCAAAAAAAGGUUCUUUAUUAAAUGUUUUACAAGAUUUAGUAGAAAAAAUGACUGUGUUAAAAAUGGUAAUAAAAUUCGAUCAAUAUAAUCCUAUAAUGAAUCAAAAGAUUAACCAGUAUGCUGAAUUAUUAGCUAAUUCAGGAAGGUUAAAGGCAGCGAUGACUUUUUUAUGUUUAAUACAAGAUGAUCAAAGUUUAGAAAGUCUAAUAUUAAGAGAUAGAAUAUUUAACAGUGCCAAUCAUAUAUUAGGUCAGCAAAUUGAUCCACCUAUUUUACCAUUUCAAGUCGUAGAUAUCAAACCAUCUCCAAUAAUUCAAAAUCAAUUAUAUAAUCAGAAUCAGCAACUUAAUCAAAAUCAAUUAUAUAAUCAAAGCUUUCAAUACAAUCAAACUCAAUCUCAGCAAUUUAAACAAAAUUUGCCAAAUAAUCCCAACCAACCAAAGUUGUAUAAUCAACAAAAUAUGCAAAGAAUACCACCACCAAUGCCUAUUUCACAAGUACCACCUCCCCCACAUAUGAAUCAAAACCAGUUAACGUCUACUAAUUAUAAUUCACAAGUUUUAAAUAAUACAGUUAAUAGGUCUUCCUUUUUAACCUCAUCAAAUCAAAAUUUUUCAACAAAUGUAAAUACUGUUCAAUCUCCAAUUAAUACAUCUUCAUAUAUUCCUCCUUCGAAUAUCCCAUCUAAUACAACUCCGAUUAAUACUCCUACAUAUUUACCUCCACCAACAUUUUCAAAUUUUAAUGUAUCACAGAAAGUACAACAAAAUCAAGAAAAACAACAAACACCCAUGUUAAGCCAAUCAUAUACAAAUGUAAAUAAAUCAUUACAAAGUAAUAUACCUUCUUCUAACAUUGUUUCUCCAGUAACACCGGUUGUUCCUCCAUCAAGCACGUUAAAUCAAAUAAAUAAUAGACCUAGUUUUUCAAAUUUUCAAAAUAUUACUCCACCACCUAGAAGUAAUAACCCUCCCAUUUCUCCUUCCUCAAAUUUAACACAAACAAAUAUAAUUCAGCCACAAGAAAACCAGUUUGGUAAAAGAGAAUGCUUCGAUCAACAAACGUUUGAAUCAACUAAUGCAUUAUCUAUUUCUCAUAAUAAUACGCAAAAUAAAAAUUUUCAAAACUCAUUUCAAGAUAAUACAAAUAAAAUGAACUUUCACUUACAAUCAAAUACUUCAUCUUUAUCAGGUACUAAAACAACAUCUCCAAUAGCAGGUGCUUUAACAGUAUCCCCAGGAAUGCCUGUUCCAUGGCCAAUACCUACGACAACUCAACAACUUGGUUCAACGACCCAAUCAACAGCAAACCAAAACAAAAAAAUUCAAACAGCAACUAAAGAGCAAAAUGGGGUAUUAAUGAGUAGGAAUAAUAUUGAAUCUAUUAAAAAAUCUAUAAAUAAUUUAUUAAAUAUUUAUAUUUCACAAGAACCAAUAAAAAAGAAGGCAGAAGAUGUUUCAGCAAAAGUUUAUGAUCUUUAUGAAAAAUUGGAUAACGGUUCAUUUAAUGAACAGAUAAAUGAAAAUAUAAUAAAUUUAUGUAAUUUCAUAAGUGCAAAUGAUUUUAAGACAACUAAUAAAAUAAUAGUAGAUUUAAGCAGAAACCUAUGGGACAGCAGUAAUAAAUCAUGGAUUAUGGGAUUAAAACGUAUUAUACCAAAAUGUUGA